UGAAGGCGGUUCUGGCCACGAUUCCCGGCGAGUAACUCCCCCACUGCAGCGCGGGAAACUCAGCUGUUCGGCCACUGCGGAUCACAGUGAGCGGAGUGCUUGUCAGUCUGGUGCGGUCCAGGAUGAAAGUCAUCACUUGUGAAAUAGCCUGGCACAACAAGGAACCAGUGUACAGCAUUGACUUCCAGCAUGGCGGAGAUCGGAAAGUCAACAGGCUGGCCACCGCAGGAGUGGACACUACUGUUCGGAUGUGGAAGGUGGAGAAGGGACCGGAUGGAAAGGCCAUCGUGGAGUUUCUGUCUAAUCUUGCGCGACACACUAAGGCAGUAAAUGUGGUUCGGUUCUCACCCAGCACUGAACUCCUGGCGUCCGCAGGAGAUGAUGCUGCGAUCUUGCUGUGGAAGAUCAAUGACAGUAAGGAGCCGGAACAGGCAGCUUUUCAGGAGGAGGAGGACGCUCAGCUGAACAAGGAGUGCUGGACCGUGGUGAAAACGCUGAGGGGACACAUAGAAGAUGUCUAUGAUCUCUCAUGGACAACCGACGGGAACUUCUUGGUGUCUGGGUCUGUGGACAACACUGCUAUCAUGUGGGAUGUCAAUAAAGGGCAGAAGAUGUCCAUAUUUAACGAUCACAAGAGCUAUGUGCAGGGUGUUGCCUGGGAUCCUCAAGGGCAGUACAUUACCACCAUGAGCUGUGACAGGGUUAUGAGGGUGUACAGCACACAGAGCAAGAGAAAGGCCUACAGUGUGAGCAAGAUGUCUUCAGGGACAACUACGGAGGGAGAGGGAAAGAGUUACAGAAUGUUCCAUGACGACAGCAUGAGAUCUUUCUUCCGCCGACUCUCUUUCACAACGGACGGAUCUUUACUGCUCGCUCCAGCUGGGUGUGUUGAAGCUGGAGAAAAUGUCACAAAUACAACAUAUGUGUUCUCCAGGAAAAAUUUGAAAAGGCCCAUCGCUCACCUGCCCUGCCCUGCUAAAGCCACCUUGGCCGUACGCUGCUGUCCUGUCUACUUUGAGCUGAGGACCUCCAAGGCCGAAGGUGCUGUGAAAGAUGGGUCCUCACAGGUUGUGCAUAAUGUGUUUAAACUGCCGUACCGGUUGGUGUUUGCUGUUGCCUCCGAGGACUCGGUCUUCCUGUAUGACACCCAGCAGUCCAUCCCCUUCGGGUACAUCUCCAACAUCCACUACCACACGCUCAGUGAUGUCACAUGGUCCAAGGAUGCCUCUUUCUUGGCCGUCUCCUCGACAGACGGCUACUGUUCCUUCGUGACGUUCGAGAGCGGCGAGCUGGGGACCCCUCUGAAGGAGAAGCCCGUGCUGGAAGUCCAGACCCCGGGGAUGGCGGCAGAGAAGAAGACAAAGAAAGCGGCGCGCACGUCUUCUCCCGUGCCCAAGUUUGUGGACGCCAGCCCAGUGGGGAGCCGGAAUGGGGAGGCCACCACACCAGGCUCGCUGCUGGAAAAGUCAGCUAGCAAAGAAAUCCCCUCCUCCUCCCCCCUGGGCUCGUGCGCCACCCCCGUCUGUGAGGACAGGAAGUCCGCCCAGACAGGAGUCCAGCCCCUGAAAGCCAUCCAGCCCAGAAGGAUUACUCUCAACACCCUGGAGGCCUGGAGCAAGCCCAGCGCCCCGGCAGGCCCCAAGCCCAGGCGGAUCUCUUUGACUCCUGUCACAAGUGGGUCACCUGCCCUGUCUAGAUCCUUGAUUUCUACACCGUCUUCUACAGAAAAAGCAAAACAUGAGAGACCCUCCCCUCCUACAGACCCAAGCUGCCAGCCCCCUGAGUCAAAGAGACAGAAGACUGACGGUCCUAGUUCUCCAGGCGAGUCGCCCAGCUCCACGGACAGCAGGACCCCCGAGGAGCCACAGAGCGGAGAGCUACAGUGUCCGUGAUUGUCCUGAGCACACAGACUGAUGCCCCAGUGCUCUCUGCACAUGGGGACUCGCUCAGACAGGAUUACAGCCGACACGCACAUCUCACUCGAAUUUAUGCCCUCCCCCUUUCCUUCGCUGACAGGGACAGGUGGGGACCUGAGAUUGCUGGCAUGUGUGUUGGAAGAAGUGCGUCUGUAUAUUACUUCAUGUACUUGGUACUGAACGUCUGUUGUAAUUUGCUAAAGUGUUCACGGUCUUCUCUGAUAAGCGUGCUUCCCUUCUGAAAAGUAAGAUAUUGUAACUUGUAAACAAGUAUGUUUUAGAUGUGCAGGAGAAGGCUAAUUUCAAGAGGAUCCUGUUGUGUACAAGUCAUGGGGCUGGUUCUGUUUGUAUGGUGUAGAUCACAUUGUUUUUUCCUGUAGCUGCGUGUUUUGAUGACAGACAACAAUUUGCCAUAAAAUAUUUUUCCUUAAUUGUUAUGCAUUUACUUUUUUUCCAUCUCCUGUGGCACUGCAUCAUGUAUACAACAUAGCCCAUGUAAUGUGUAGUGAAUUAUAGUAUUUUUAGGACAAAGCUUUUGAGAAGAAGGGUCUCUUUGGGGGUAGAGGGGGGCUUUAUUUGUAUCAUUUUUAAUUUAGGCUUAAGCUUACGUAUUUCUUAACCAUACUGUCAUGUUGGAGUAUCAUUCCAACUGUGAAGUUUUGAUGGAUGCAUUGACACUUAGACUGCUUAGUCAUCCUUAACAGGUUACAGGAGUGCUGUAUAACAGCCAUUAAACAUCUUUAGAGUUGCAGUUGUUUUACUGCGUUUUGGUUCAUUUGAUUUAAUGAGAGCUCACUAUUUAAUUGCAUUAAAUUAUGCGCUAUCUGUCUAUUUGUUAAUUGCCAGCUGAAGUGUUCCUCUGCAAUGUCUGUUUCUUGUAAAUUGUAAUAAAAGGAUCAGGUCAAUGGUAAGAUAAAUGUACAUAGCUUAAAUUGUUUAAACAGUAGUUAACUUUGUGUCUUGGAUGAAACUCCCCUCAAGGAAACUUUGCUACAAGCAGCAGUUAUAUUUACUAUAAAUGUCUGCAUUUUUAUUUUAUGGGAUGUAUUUUCAUCCACGAUGUGCUGAAUGAGCAAUUGUAAAUAAAAUGAAGCAAGAUGCCGAA